AAAAUCUGCUAACACUGUGAAAGAAAAAUGUUUUGUAAAAUUUGUAUGAAUUAUUGGAAGUGAAUAUUACAUGUCCCUAGCUUGAAGACUGUAGUAUCUGAGAGAUCUGGCAUACAGAUUUAGAAUUCACCGAUGUUGAAAUACAGCACUGUUUUAAUCCUAGAAUAUCAUUUUCAAAACUUGUGGUUUGAUGCUUUCCAGUGGGAUGAUAAAAAGGAUCUUUUCAUAUCAUAAUAUGACUGAGGAUAAAUAAAAAAAAUGUAAUGACUGGAUGAUGGCUGAGUGCAAAAAUCUGAGUGAAGAUAAUUUCUCCAUUCCCAUUGAGCAUAACAGCAUGGAGUCCAUUCUGGAAAAGAAAAUGCACUUCAUAUUCAUGGAGGUUGGGGUCCCAGCUGUCAGUGCUUUUGGAUUAGUGGGAAACAUCCUUAACCUGCUUGUGCUGACAAAAGAAAAAGUCAACCAUUGUUUGACAAAGAUGGAAAAAUCAGCUCACAUAGGAUUAAUUGCUUUAGCUGUGUCUGACUUUAUGUUCUGUCUGCUGGCCUUAUUGUUCACCAUUCUGCCACCACAGGAAACAUAUCGUGAGCGAAAUGGAGUCCUAUACUAUCGUUGGCUUGGAAAUGGUUUCAUCACUUUUUUCAUCAUCAACAGUACGUGGUUAAUUGUCGUAAUGGCAGGAGAAAGAUAUCUUGCCGUCUGCCAUCCUUUUAAAGCCAGGAAACUGAUAUCACUCAAAAAGACCAAAAUUGCUAUCUGUCUGGUGUACAUGAUCUGUAUUCUUUCAAUAAUACCACUGUUUUUCGAGUCAGAAAUAGUAGAAACAACAUGCAUUGAUGGUUCUAAGCUGUACAGAAUUGAGAGGCGUAAAAAUUACAGUGACCAAACACGAAGAAUGCUAUGGUCCAUUAUUUUCGAUUUCAUUCCAUGCAUUGCUCUCUUAUUCUUUAAUAUUUGUCUGGUCUGGAAAAUCCGCAGAGCAAAACGCAUACGAAGAGAGAUGACACCUGGACAGAGUAAUGAAUUUGUUAUGUACUGCUCUUCAAUGAAAAGCACAGAGGAGCAAGGCACUCGUUCAUCCUCAAGAUCUAACAACAGCUGUAAUGGUUGCCCUAAAAAAGAUCUGGCACAAAGCUCACUAAUAAAAACCAGAAAACCAGGAAUAGUUUCCCAUCGCAGGCGAAGCUCUGACAGUGCCCUUAACAGUGUGACUGCCACAUUAUUGGCAGUGGUCGUGCUUUUUUUAAUACUUGUUUCCCCAUCUGAAAUCAUUAAGUUCAUUUAUGCUAAGAUUCAUGUAGUGGACUCUGUUGGAAAGAACAAACAUUAUUACUACCACAAGAUUAUACUGCAUGUAACAAAUUUUAUGCAAGCUCUGAACUUUUCAAUUAAUUUCAUCUUAUACUGUGCUGUAAACAAAUCUUUCAGAAAAACACUCCGUAACCUUUUUCCUUUCUGUCGACACAGUAGGCCCAAAGCUCGAUUCAUCAAACGUAUGCCACCAACACAGUGUCAUAACCUGACUUGAAUACAAAUUGUAUUAAUGAGGACUUCAUUAUUUGAUGUUCUACCUGGUAUGUCUUUAUCAUUUAAGUACAAAAUGGACAAAAAAUGGAGAGGAAAUUUCUAAUAGAAAAAGAAUUUUUUGUUUUUGGAAUGCUGUCCCAGGAACUAUGCACAGUUCUCUUUAAAAUGCUCAAAAGACAAACUUUGCGGAUGGACAGGGUUGUGGAUAUUUACCAUCAAGCACAAUGCUAAUCAGAUUCCAAUCAUUUUUUAAUGAACAAUUCCAUAAGCGUGUUGAUCUGCAAUGGUUAUUAACUGUUUCAAAAUAUAUUGUAUAAAUUUAAU